UGCCGAGGCUCCCCAGCCAGUGCUCCCUCCAGGUGGGGAAAGCUGAGAAGCAACCUGUAGACCCUCCCACUUCUCUGUAAACGGCCUGGCUCUGAGCCAUUCCAUUUGCCAGCAGCCAUGCCCCUGGUCAGAGAGGCCCUGAGCACAGGAAUACCAGCCGUUUCCCAGUCUCUGUGCCUGGUGCCUCCCUGUGGGAGGGCAGGCUGCUCUAGAGGACUGGCUCUCCAGGCCGAUGGGCCCGCACAGAGCUGCUGGCGCCACCCUCCGUGGUGGGCCAGGGCUGGGCCUGGCGGGGGAGCCAGGCCUCACAGUCAGUCCCCUGCCCGCAGUGCUCGGUGGCGCGGAGGUGCGGUGGUGCACUAUCUCAGACCCAGAGCAGCAGAAGUGCAGCGACAUGAGCAAGGCCUUCAGGGAAGCGGGCAUCCAGCCCUCCCUCCUCUGCGUCCAGGGCACCUCGGCCAACCACUGCAUCCAGCUCAUCGCGGCCCAGGAGGCUGACGCCAUCACUCUGGAUGGGGGAGCCAUCUACGAGGCGGGAGAGGAGCAUGGCCUGAAGCCCGUGGUGGGUGAAUUGUACGAUCAAGAGGUUGGUACCUCCUAUUACGCCGUGGCUGUGGUCAAGAGGAGCUCCCAUGUGACCAUCGACACCCUGAAAGGCGUGAAGUCCUGCCACACAGGCAUCAAUCGGACAGUGGGCUGGAACGUGCCCGUGGGCUACCUGGUGGAGAGCGGCCGCCUCUCAGUGAUGGGCUGUGACGUACUCAAAGCUGUCAGCAACUACUUUGGGGGCAGCUGUGUCCCUGGGGCAGGAGAGACCGGUUACGCUGAGUCCCUGUGUAGCCUCUGCAGGGGAGACAGCUCUGGGGAAGGUGUGUGUGACAAGAGCCCCCUGGAGCGAUACUAUGACUACAGCGGGGCCUUCCGGUGCCUGGCAGAAGGGGCGGGGGACGUGGCGUUUGUAAAGCACAGCACGGUGCUGGAGAACACUGAUGGGAAGACGCUGCCCUCCUGGGGCCAGGCCCUGCUGUCACAGGACUUCAAGCUGCUGUGCCGGGAUGGCAGCUGGGCUGAUGUCACUGAGUGGAGGCAGUGCCACCUGGCCCGGGUGCCUGCUCACGCCGUGGUGGUCCGGGCUGACACAGAUGGGGGCCUUAUCUUCCGGCUGCUCAAUGAAGGCCAGCGUCUGUUCAGCCACGAGGGCAGCAGCUUCCAGAUGUUCAGCUCUGAGGCCUAUGGCCAGAAGAAUCUGCUGUUCAAGGACUCCACCUCCGAGCUUGUGCCCAUCGCCACGCAGACCUACGAGGCGUGGCUGGGCCACGAGUACCUGCACGCCAUGAAGGGUCUGCUCUGUGACCCCAGCCGGCUGCCCCCCUUCCUGCGCUGGUGUGUGCUCUCCACUCCCGAGAUCCAGAAGUGUGGAGACAUGGCUGUGGCCUUCAGCCGGCGGCAGCUCAGACCGGAGAUCCAGUGCGUGUCAGCUGAGUCCCCCCAGCACUGCAUGGAGCAGAUCCAGGCUGGGCACAUCGACGCUGUGACGCUGAGUAGCGAGGACAUUUACACGGCGGGGAAGACGUAUGGCCUGGUUCCUGCAGCCGGGGAGCGCUAUGCCCCGGAAGACAAGAGCAACUCAUACUUCGUGGUGGCCGUGGUGAAGCGGGACAGCUCCCACGCCUUCACCUUAGAUGAGCUUCGAGGCAAGCGCUCCUGCCAUGCUGGCUUCGGCAGCCCUGCGGGCUGGGAUAUCCCCGUGGGCGUCCUCAUUCGGAGAGGCUUCAUCAGACCCAAGGACUGUGACGUCCUCACAGCGGUGAGCAAGUUCUUCAAUGCCAGCUGCGUGCCCGUGAACAACCCCAAGAACUACCCUUCCUCACUAUGUGCGCUUUGCGUGGGGGACGAGCAGGGCGGCAACAAGUGUGUGGGCAACAGCCAGGAGCGAUACUAUGGCUACAGCGGCGCCUUCAGGUGCCUGGUGGAGAAUGCUGGUGACGUUGCCUUCGUCAGGCACACGACUGUCUUUGACAACACAAAUGGCCACAAUUCCGAGCCCUGGGCUGCUGAGCUCAGAUCAGAGGACUAUGAACUGCUGUGCCCCAAUGGGGCCCGGGCAGAGGUGUCCCAGUUUGUAGCCUGCAACCUAGCACAGAUACCACCCCAUGCUGUCAUGGUCCGGCCAGACACCAACAUCUUCACUGUAUAUGGACUGCUGGACAAGGCCCAGGAUCUGUUUGGAGACGACUACAAUAAGAAUGGGUUCAAAAUGUUCGACUCCUCCAACUAUCACGGCCAAGACCUGCUUUUCAAGGAUGCCACAGUCCGGGCGGUGCCUGUCGGGGAGAAAACCACCUACCGCGACUGGCUGGGGCUGGACUACGUGGCUGCGCUGGAAGGGAUGCUGUCUCAGCAGUGCUCGGAUGCAGGUAGGAUGGGCCUGCCCUGCCGCCUCCCUGGUGCCAUUCAGACCCCUUCACCCCAGAACCUUGCGGGAGUUGGGGGGUGGGGAUGCUGCGGGUCCGGGGAGCCGGGUGGAGGCCCCGUUCACGGCAGUCCAGGUGGGGUGUCCCGGGACACUGCAGUCCAGUAGGGCAGGAGCCCGGCCGAGACUCCAGACAGACGUGGGUGAUGAGUGUAAACGCUCAAAGCAGCGGUGCAGAGAGGAUCUGAGGCCAGGCAGAAAUCUGCAGGUGUAAUUUUGGAAGGAAUGAAUAUAAAGGCAGCAAGGGAAAGGAGCAUUGCAAUCAAAUAGAAAAGUGGGAGGCUGGGGCGAGGUCGGUCCAGAGAGAUCCCCCCACCCCACUAGGGUCGGUGCCUCAGGCGGCCACCGCGGCCCCGACUUCGGGGCCUGACCUCCCG